AAUUUAAAAUAGUGGAAUAGUUGUAGCAUCUUUACCCCACGUACAAUUUUCGAAAUCAGUACUGUUAAAGUAUGAUAAAAACAGGAUGGAUGUGACUGGCGUUCUUCCUACUGAUGGGACAUCGUUUCGACCCUCAUUCCGUCCUCAUUCUUCACAUCCAGAACUCAGUCCACAAGAAGACAGACAACAAAGGGCAUCUUUGCCUGGUCACAUUAAGAGACCAAUGAAUGCAUUCAUGGUAUGGUCUCGAAUUCAGCGACGUAAGAUCGCUUUGGACAACCCCAGGCUGCACAACUCAGAAAUAUCCAAACAACUUGGUGGAGAAUGGAAACUACUAUCCGAAUCGGAAAAACGUCCAUUUAUAGACGAGGCAAAGCGCCUUAGACUCCAGCACAUGCGUGAUCACCCGAACUACAAGUACAGGCCACGUCGGAGGUCCAAGGGAGUCAGUUCUGGUGGCAAUAUAUUCUGUAGCCGUCGCACUGCAGGUUCAAGACAACGAACCAACAGCAGCAGCGCAUCGUCUGCGUAUCCUUCCUUCUCUUAUGUACAUUCUAUGGAGGCGUUCUCCAGAGGCCUGUGCGUGACCCCGUCGGGUUUCAUGCCACCAACGCAAUGUCUGCCGACGAUGCUGGACACUGUCGGAGCUCAGCAGGACAGCUUGAGGCACUUCCUGCCGCAACUAGGACACACUCCAUUACCAGGAUCGAGUUUUCCUCCUGGAACAAUGCCUCAUUUUGCUUAUAAUGUAUUUAAAGGCAAGGGACAAGCUUCAGAUGACAUUGCGUUUGCAGAUCUGCCUUCAGCAUUUCAUCUUACCUACAGUCCUACAGGUGAAAUCGCGUCCUCAAUUGCAGCUAGUAAAGAUCUUCAGAUGGACAUUGUAGCUAACACAGAAGCAAGCCAAGCGGGUUCACGGGAAAUUGCAACGGCUCAAGACAUAAAGACUCUAACUCCGAUAUUCUCAAGUAACUUAAUUACAUAA